GCCAGCUAACCUCUUCGUGUCAACACAAAAACUGCAUCGUCUUCUUCAGCAAGGCCAAGUAAGCUGGCCUUAUAUACACUCCAAAAGAAACGUUUAACUAAGUGUGCUGGUGGGCAAUAUGGCGGAACAGAACGCAUUGGUAAUGCAACAACAGAAUUUGGACAGGAGUUGCUGGGUGUGCUUUGCUACCGACGAGGAUGACCGCACGGCGGAGUGGGUGCGUCCAUGUCGUUGCCGCGGCUCCACCAAGUGGGUGCACCAGUCUUGCCUGCAGCGCUGGGUGGAUGAGAAGCAGCGGGGCAACAGCACAGCCCGCGUGGCCUGUCCGCAGUGCAGCGCUGAGUACCUCAUUGUUUUCCCCAAACUGGGCCCGGUGGUGUAUGUGCUGGACCUCGCCGACCGGCUCAUCUCCAAGGCCUGUCCCUUUGCCGCCGCUGGCAUCAUGGUGGGCUCCAUCUACUGGACGGCCGUCACGUACGGGGCCGUCACCGUCAUGCAGGUGGUGGGCCAUAAGGAGGGUCUGGACGUGAUGGAACGGGCCGACCCCCUGUUCCUGCUCAUCGGCCUACCCACCAUCCCAGUCAUGCUGAUCCUGGGCAAGAUGAUCCGCUGGGAGGACUACGUGCUGCGCCUCUGGAGGAAGUACUCCAACAAGCUGCAGAUCUUAAACAGCAUCUUCCCAGGGAUUGGGUGCCCGGUGCCUCGUAUUCCAGCAGAGGCCAGCCCCCUGGCGGACCACGUGUCGGCCACCAGGAUCCUGUGCGGCGCCCUGGUUUUCCCCACCAUCGCCACCAUCGUGGGCAAGCUGAUGUUCAGCAGUGUCAACUCCAACCUGCAGAGGACCAUCUUGGGCGGAAUCGCGUUUGUGGCCGUCAAGGGGGCGUUCAAGGUGUAUUUCAAACAGCAGCAGUACCAGAGACAAGCCCACCGUAAAAUCCUCAACUUCCCUGAGGUCGAAGAGGCUUGAGGUGGAGCUGCACAGACAGACACGGACACCCGGGGGAGGGAGAAAUAGAUGGGACCUCUAAACAGGAACGCCGUCAGACAGACUGAGCGGCACAGGGAUCAAUGGCGCCCCCUACCUAUUCUACCCCUCCAAACAGCCUGGUCUCCCCUCAGCUUUUUUUGCUCUCUGUGAGGUCUUCUUUGUAUGGAUGUUGCCAUUUCAUUUGAAUGCAUUAGAAGGGAAAUGAGACAAGAACACUUAUCUGGACACAAGUAUUCAUGCGUUUUGCACACAGGACCCUGGAACGUGACUUGUUUUGUGACAGCUGUGUGGUUUUUCUUUUAAAUUGCAUAACCAGUGCUUGUGUGUUCAAAGACAAACCUGGGACACUAUUUACACAGGAAGAUUUUAUAAAAAAAAUAAAUAGUUUUAUAUUGUUGAUUUUUCAUUUCACUGAAUGUGUUUGCCGAUGGGAGAUGUUUUUCCUUAUUUUGUGUUUUAUGAGGUGAAUAGAACAUCCAUCACAAUUGGAUGAUAAUU